CCAGCUGUUGGGUCUUCAGUGACGGUCUCCGGGUCAGAGAAACACAAAAGCAAAGCGAAAAAGGCGACGGGAAGAGAGAGAAGCCAAAGGACGGAUAAGGGCAAAGGAGGAGACCCCAUUCCAGCGGUGUUUCUGCAACAAAGACACUUGUGAGAACUUCUUCACAUUGAAGACUUUUCCUCGACACAACAAGGGAACAAGCAUAUACUUCUGACAUGUUUAUUUAGUUUUAACCGGCUGUAAUUCCUCCGAUUUACUGACUGUGAUACAGCUUCAAGACGCAGCAUAUUGUAGUGGAUAAGAAGGUUUUUUUUUUAUAUCACAAGUUUGAAUCAUGGCGGCAGACAACUCGACCCUGUUGGACAGCCUGCUCUUCCGGCCUCUCUGCGAUGGCUGGAGCCACAGCACAGAAGGAGCCAUCUACCAUUUGGGCAACACGCUCCUGUUCCUGGGCUACAUGGGAGGCAGCGGGGCCUACGGCUGUCUCUUCAUCUUCGGCUUCCUCUCCCCCGCCUUCCUGUGCCUCACGCUGUGGGGGUGGAUGACGGUCUGCGGCCUGGACGUCUUCAUCUGGAACGUGAUUCUGCUGCUGGCGUGCCUGCUGCAGAUCUGCCACCUUCUGUACCGGCUGCACCAGGAGGCCAUCCGCAGCCAGGAGCUGUCCUCCCUCUACCAGGCCGUGUACCUGCCGCUGGCCGUGCCCGUCCACGUGUUCAAGGAGAUCACCAGGGCCUUUGAGAACAAGGUGGUGGAGCUGAAGGCCGGAGAUACGUACGCCGUGGAGGGCAAGACACCCAUUGACCAGCUUUCUCUUUUGCUGUCUGGGAGGAUCAGCGUGUCCUUGGAGGGUCAGUUCCUGCACUACAUCCACCGCCACCAGUUCCUCGACUCUCCUGAGUGGGAAUCUCUCAGACCAAAUGAAGAAGGAAAGUUCCAGGUGACGCUGAUGGCGGAGGAAGACUCGCGCUACAUUUCAUGGCGUCGUCGACGCCUCUACAUGCUGUUAUCAAAGGAACGAUACAUUGCCCGUAUUUUCUCCGUCAUGCUGGGAUAUGACAUUGCUGAAAAGCUCUACAACCUCAACAACAAGCUCUACAUAAAGAGCGGCGUGCUGUUGGACAUCCGCCUACCGAGCCUCUACCAUGUCCUGCUUCCUUCCUCGCGAGGCAGCAGCGACAGCGACGCUGGCAUUGCUAGGGAGCACCCGGGGGAGCAACACAGCCAAGACCCAGCACCUUCCUCCCAGAUAUCCGAUCCAACCCAAUAUCAGCCCCACCGGCAGGGACCACGGACGACAGACCCAGACGUGCCCCGGCCCCCCGACCAUGACGGCUAUGAGCUGCCAUGGGCGUCAGACACGGAAUUGCCCUCUGGUGAGGACUCCACCAGCCUGGUCCUGGAGGACUUUGCUGAUGUGCCUGGCUCCUUAAUGGAUUAUGGCAGUGAGAGGGAUUAUUUGAGGUAGAUGGGCACGGUACCGGAGCUAACACACUGGGUCACCAUUUAAGAUACAUGAGAUGAUACUGAGACUUUACCACCGCGAUUCAAGAGAGGCAGAGCGCCGCUGGCUCCCACCGACACCCCCAGACUGUGAGAGGACUCUCUCCUGGAAACACUUUCAUGUCCACAGUACAGCAGGAGGAAAAGUAUAAAUGUAUCUCUUGUUACACUUUAUGCUUAAACAUUAUCAAUAUUAUUCAGGGCUACAUGAAUUCUCCGUCCUGUUUAUUCAAAUUACAGUUUGACUAAAACUGCCAGUUUUGUUAUCAUUCAGCUGCCAAUCAACCUUUUCUUAAUACCAAUACCAAUAUGAUUUAUGGAUUUUUCAAAAACCAAAUAAUUCUUAUAUAUUUUUAAACAAACCUAUAAAUCAGUCAAACUAAAAUAUAUAUAUAUUUUUUUCAUUUAAAAAAGGCCGGUAUUUCAUGUAAAAAUGAUCAUUAUAAAGCUUUGUUUGCUGUUAAAGGGACGUAUCCGUCUCGUUUGACAGAGAUGUUAACUUGUAGACUGCAGUUUGAAUCAUAACACUGGAGGUAUGGGAAAAGAAAAAAGCCAACCUUUGUGGUAUUACUUCACCAGCACAUUAAAUGCUAUUUCAUGUUACUCAAACAACGUAUAUUGUUUGCUUCCGAUUUUUUUUUUAAUGUUAUUCAGUGUUAUUCUAAAGUUGAUUUAGCAUCAACUCUCCAGAUACUCAUGGCAGAAACAUUUAAGGAGCAACCCUCAGCCGAGCAGAUCCUGCUUUUGGGUUUCAUUUUUCUUUUUACUUGUGUAGUUUAUCUACAUUAAAACACAAUAACUUGAUCUGUGCUAAGAGGGGAGACUCUGGCUGUGAGUUCAGCGCAUGAAGCCACAUUUCUCUGUCUGCAGGUAUUUUGGAUGGCAGCAGAUUAUGUUUUUAUUUUAUUACAAUAUUAGAAUAUGUCAUAUUAAUAUAUAAAUGAGUACUGUGAAUCAUGGUAUGUUUUUCUGUUUAUGAUAAAGAAAUCACUGAUAUAAUAAAAGGAAUAAUACAUGUUUUUAAAAUAUCUUUAUUAUGGGGCCAAGAUUUCUCCAUAAAGCUUGUAGUGUGCAGUGAUGUAGUUCUAACAAUGUUUUGAGUCUGUGCCAGCAUCUGGAUCUUCAUUAAUUUGCUAUCAAGGUCUGUACAAGUCAAUGGUGUGUUUAUCUGAGCCAGGUGUGCUGGAACAGAAAAACGUCUAAAGCACGCCAAGCAUGCGUUCUGAGGAUGUGGUUUGAUGAACACAGAUAUUAUAUUAUUUUUUUGCUUUUCUAUUUCCUGUCAGAUUUGUCACAAAACACCACAUCACUGAUAUUAUAUUGUAAAUGAUUAUGUACAAAUCAUACAGCACACGUUACUUCAUCCAGGUUGAAAAUCUCAAGAUACUUAUCAUAAUUAAAUUUUUUUUUCUUUUUAAAUAAAAUUUUAUAUGUGGAAGUC